GGUAAACAGGGGGAACUGAAUUCUCCGUCACGCCUGUUUAACUUUACAGCCUAGAUUUAUAUCGCUGUUAGGAAAUAUCGUUACAAAAUUAGUUUGUUCCUUGUUUACUGCAGAUUCAGUUCGUGUAGUUUUAUGUAUUUUUGGAUGUUUAUUAUUCGAGGACGAGACGAAAGAGACUCGAACUUAAGCACAGAGGAACGAAGGCCGAGAGCUGCAGCGUUUUUAUUCAGUUCUUUUUUUAAUGAAAUGAAAGUGAUUUUUGGAUGGAAUAAAUAAGAAGAUUUUUGAUCGGAUGGAAGGAGGCGUCAGCAUAAAUAAAUAGAAUGAAGUCUGUGUUUAAUAAGUGACUGAAGGUUUUGGUUUUUCUGACACAUUGUCAUCAGAGGCACGUGAGAAGCUCCAGAUCUCUAUAAUGAGUCUCCAGGAGGAACAGUGUGAUAUUCAGAGUGAAGGUGAAGAUAGACCCCCCUCUCCAACACCUACUGGUAUAUCCAUGAAGAGUGACUGGUCAAUGCACCAACCUCUUCAAUUUAAAGAUGGAAAAACAUCUCAGAAAAGUGAAGGUGAAGACAGACCCCCCUCUCCAACACCUACUGGUAUAUCCAUGAAGAGUGACUGGUCAAUGCACCAACCUCUUCAAUUUAAAGAUGGAAAAAGAUCUCAGAAAAGUGAGGGUGAAGAAAGAACCCCCUCUCCAACACCUACUGGUGUAUCCAUGAAGAGUGACCAUUCAAUGGCCCCACCUAUCAACUUUAAUGAUGGAAGAACAUCUCAGAAAAGCACAGAUCAUCUCAACCAAAAACCUGCUAACAAGCUACAGAAGAAGAUCUCAGACUUCAUCAGCGUCUUUGAUGAAGUGGAAAAGAAGAUCGUGGGGUUUGUAAAAAAGGAACUGGAAAUGUUUAAAAAUCUUUUGAAAGAAGAAAACACAAACUAUAACGAGGAAAUGAAGGAUGAGAAGAUGUUCAGUCUGAGAGACUCUGCUCUUAAUAUGAUAUUUCAUUUUCUGAAGAUGAUGGAACGUGAUGAUAUCGCUGAUGCUCUUCAGAAUGUGCUGAUUGGGUUUGAAAAGCAUAAACUGAAACUGAUACUGAGAAAGAAGUAUCAUCAUGUGUGGGAAGGAAUUUCAAAACAAGGAGAGUCCACCAUUUUAAAUCAGAUCUACACAGAUCUCUACAUCACUGAAGGUGGAGCUGGAACUAUAAACCAGGAGCACGAGAUGAGACAAAUCCAAAAGCAGAAAACCAGCGUAACAAAGGAAGCAACUCAAAUGCAGCAGGAGCGACAAAUUGAAUGCCAGAACAUGUUUGAACCACUGCCUGGACAAGACAAGAACAUCAGAACGGUGCUGACACAGGGCGUGGCCGGCAUUGGAAAAUCCAUCUGUGUGCAGAAGUUUGUUCUUGACUGGGCUACAGAUAAAAAAUAUGAGGACUUCAAAUUAUUGUUUCCUCUGCCUUUCAGAGAACUAAACUUAAAGAAAGAAAAGCGCAACCUGAUGGACGUCAUCUACGAGUUUUUCCCUGAAACUAAAGGACUGAGGUUCACAGACAGGUAUAAAGUCAUGUUCAUCUUUGAUGGACUUGAUGAAUGUCGACUCCCUUUGGCAUUCCAGGAAAAUGAAAGAUUGACAGACGCAUCGAUGCCAGCCACACUGGACGUUAUACUAACCAGCCUCAUGAAAGGAGACCUGCUUCCCUCAGCUCUGAUCUGGAUAACCACUCGACCUGCUGCAGCUGCUAGGAUCCCUGCUGAAUGUGUGGACCGGGUGGUGGAGGUCCGGGGCUUCAACGAUCGACAGAAGGAGGAGUACUUCAGAAAAAGAAUCAGUGAUGAGAGCCUCGCCAACAAUAUCAUCAAACACAUUAAAGCAUCUCGGAGUCUCUACCUCAUGUGUCACAUUCCUGUCUUCUGCUGGAUUUCAGCCACAGUUCUUGAGAAGAUUUUGAAGGAAACAGAAAAUGAAGAGACACCAAAGACGCUGACUGAGAUGUACACCUGCUUUCUGAUCUUCCAGACCAUCCAGGGGAACCUGAAAUAUACAGGAAAAAACUCCUCAGAUAUUCUAUGGGAUAAAGAGACCAUACUGGCACUGGGAAAGCUGGCAUUUUAUAACCUGGAAAAAAGCAACCUGAUUUUUUAUGCAGAAGAUCUAGAAGAGUGUGGAAUUAAUGUCAGUAAAAUCUCUGCAUACUCUGGCCUGUGCACUCAGGAAACAAGCAGGUUUCACGACACAGUUUUUAGCUUUGUGCAUCUGAGCAUUCAGGAGUUUAUCGCCUCUUUAUAUGCAUACAUGCGUCUCAGAAAUGAAAAUGUGAAUGUUUUUAACCAAGAGUCGACAUCAUCAGAGAACCCUGAGGAGAAAACUAUGGAACUGCUCAGGAUUGCAGUAGACAAAGCUUUGGAGAGCAACAGUGGACAUCUUGAUCUUUUUCUUCGGUUCCUUCUGGGUCUCACAGUUGACUAUAAUCAGAAACUCAUCCGAGGUCUGUUGAAGUCCAGUGGAAGAAGCUCUGACUGCCAGAAAGAGAUUGCUCAGUACAUCAAGAAGAAGUUUGAUGAAAACCCAUCUCCAGAGAGAUCCAUCAACCUGUUCUACUGUCUGAAUGAGUUAAACGAUGAUACUUUAGUAAAAGAGAUCCAAAUCCACUUGAGCUCAGGUCGUUUGUCUGAAGCUGAACUCUCACCUGCACAGUGGUCUGCUCUGGUCUUUGUGUUGCUGACAUCAGACAAAGAUCUGGAUGUUUUUGACCUACAGAAGUUCAUAAGAUCAGAUGAAUGCUUUAGGAGGCUGCUGCCAGUCGCCAAGGAGUCAAAAAGAGCUCUACUCAGUAGCUGUAACCUGACAGACAGAAGCUGCUCAGCUUUACUCACGAUUCUUAAUUCUGAAUCCAACCUGACCGAGGUGGAUCUGAGCAACAACGACCUGCAGGAUUCAGGAGUAGAGCUGAUAUCUGCUGGACUGAAGAAUCAGAACUGUAAACUGGAGAUACUGAGCUUGAGGAACUGCAGCAUUACAGAUAAAAGUUGUACUGAUCUGAAAUCAGCUCUUGAUGUAAAUCCAUCACACCUGAAAGAUCUGGAUCUGAGUAACAAUCAACUAGGAGAUUCAGGAGUGAUUCAGAUCUCUCAUCUACUGAAGAAUCCACAGUUCAAACUCCACAAACUCACAUUAUCAGAUUGUGGUGUAAGAGAGGAAGGUUAUGCUGCUCUGGCUGAAGCUUUGAGAUCAAACCCAUCAUCAGAGCUGAUGGAGCUGGAUCUCAGAGGGAACCAUCCUGGAGAUUCAGGAGUAAAACUGCUCUAUGAUUUACUACAGAAUAAAAAAUCUAAACUGAACACACUGAGGUUGUUGGGUGCUGCUGCAGAAGAAGCUUUCACUGAUCUGAAGAAGGUUGUGAGUAUAAACCUGUUAGUAGAGAGAGAGCUGGAUCUGAGUCAGAAGAUACUUGAAGAUUCAGGAGUGAAGAAGCUCUCAGAUCUACUGAAGGAUCCACACUGCAGACCCACCACACUCAGACUCAGUCAGUGUAAUCUGACAGAUGAAGGAUGUUCAGCUCUGUUCCAAGUUCUAUCAUCAGAUUCCUCCACUGUGAGAGAACUCGACCUGAGUAACAAUCAGAUUCAGGAUUCAGGAGUCAGACUCAUUUCUGAUCUACUCAACAAUCCAAAUUGUAAACUACACACUGUGGGACUCAGUCAGUGUAAUCUGACAGAUGAAGGAUGUUCAGCUCUGUUCCAAGUUCUAUUAUCAGAUUCCUCCACUGUGAGAGAACUCGACCUGAGUAACAAUCAGAUUCAGGAUUCAGGAGUCAGACUCAUUUCUGAUCUGCUCAACAAUCCGAACUGUAAACUACACACUGUGAGAUUAUCAGAUUGUGGUGUAAGAGAGGAAGGUUAUGCUGCUCUGGCUGAAGCUCUGAGAUCAAACGCAUCAUCAGAGCUGAUGGAGCUGGAUCUCAGAGGGAACGAUCCUGGAGAUUCAGGAGUAAAACUGCUUGAUGAACUACUACAGGAUCCAAACUGUAAACUGAAGACACUGAGGUUGGUAAAAACUGAUGAUGCUGAGAGAGUGUUAAAGUCUCUGAGUGAUAAACUUCAUGUGAACCCGUUACUGCAGAGUGAGCUGGAUCUGAGUCACAAAAUAAAAGGACAUCCUGGAAUGACGUCGUUUUCUGCUCUACUGGAAGAUCCACACUUCAGACCAAAGAAACUCACGUUGUGUGGGUGCAGCUUAACAGAGAACGACUGCACUACUCUGGUUUCAGCUCUCAGUAUGAACCCAUCACACCUGACUGAUCUGGAUCUGAGUCAAAAUCCAAUAAAAAACUCAGGAGUGAAGAAGCUCGUUCCUCUACUGCACAAGCAUCAAUACAACCUGGAACGACUCAAACUGAGUGAUUGUGAGAUCUCAGAUGAAGGUUAUGUUGCUCUGGCUGGAGCUCUGAUGUUAAACCCCUCAUCACCUCUAACUGAUCUGGAUCUCAGUGGAAAUAAUCCAAGAACAGAAGGAAUUAAGAUGUUUGAUAAUCUAUUGAAUAAACCAAACUCUAAACUGGAUGUGAGAUUUCUGAGGAGAAGCCCUGAGAUGGAUGAAGCUUGUGAUUAUCUGAAUAAAAUGUGUAUAAAGAUGUUCAACCGGAGUGAGGUGGAUCUGAGUGGAAGAAGAAAUAUUGGAGAUUCAGGAGUUAAACAUGUAUCGACUGUACUGAAGGAUCCACACUGCAUGAUUACACAACUCACAUUAUCAGAUUGUGGUGUAGGAGAUGAAGGUUAUGCUGCUCUGGCUGAAGCUCUGAGAUUAAACCGUUCAUACAUGAAGGAGCUGGAUCUCAGAGGGAACCAUCCUGGAGAAUCAGGAGUGCAGAAGAUCUGUGAUGUUUGUAAGGGUGGAUUGUAUAACCUUCUAACACUACAGUCUAGAAACUUGAGUGAAAUUAAACUGAGGCUGUUAAAAAGUCCUGAUGCAGAGGAAGCCAACACCACUCUCAAUCAGAUUCUAGGUAAAAACAUCUUACUGCAGAAGGAACUCGAUCUGAGCUCCAAAACACUGAAAGAGAUCAAAGUGAAUCAACUAUCAGCUCUGCUGGAGGAUCCACACUGUACAAUCCAAAACCUAACACUCAGUAGCUGUAACCUGACAGACAGAAGCUGCUCAGCUUUACUCACGAUUCUUAAUUCUGAAUCCAACCUGACCGAGGUGGAUCUGAGCAACAACAACCUGCAGGAUUCAGGAGUAGAGCUGAUAUCUGCUGGACUGAAGAAUCAGAACUGUAAACUGAAGAUACUGAGAUUAUCAGAUUGUGGUGUAAGAGAGGAAGGUUAUGCUGCUCUGGCUGAAGCUCUGAGAUCAAACCCAUCAUCAGAGCUGAUGGAGCUGGAUCUCAGAGGGAACCAUCCUGGAGAUUCAGGAGUAAAACCGCUGUAUGAGUUACUAGAAGAUCCGGACUGUAAACUGAAGACACUGAGGUUGUUGAGACCUGAUGCAGAACCUGGUUUUGAAUAUCUGAGGAACAUUGUGAAUAUAAACCCGUUACUGCAGAGAGAGCUGGAUCUGAGAGAGAAGAUACAUGGAGAUCCAGGAGUGAAGAAGCUCUCAGAUCUACUGAAGGAUCCACACUGCAGAACAACUAAACUCAUGUUGUGUAACUGCAGUAUUACAGAUGAAGGUUGUGCUGAUCUGAAAUCAGCGUUUUCUUUAAAUCCAUCACACCUAAAACAUCUGGAUCUGAGUGAAAAUAGGAAACUAGGUAAUUCAGGAGUACAGAAGCUCUGUGAUCUACUGAUUGAUCAAAAAUGCUUCCUGCAGAAACUGAUAUUAUCAGAUUGUGGUGUAAGAGAGGAAGGUUAUGUUGCUCUGGCUGAAGCUCUGAGAUCAAACCCAUCAUCAGAGCUGAUGGAGCUGGAUCUCAGAGAGAACGAUCCUGGAGAUUCUGGAGUAAAACCACUUUAUGAGUUACUAGAUCAUCCAGAAUCUAAACUGAAGACACUGAGGUUGUUGGGAGCUGCUGCAGAAGAAGCUUUCACUGAUCUGAAGAAGGUUGUGAGUAUAAACCUGUUAGUAGAGAGAGAGCUGGAUCUGAGUCAGAAGAUACAUGGAGAUUCAGGAGUGAAGAAGCUCUCAGAUCUACUGAAGGAUCCACACUGCAGACCCACCACACUCAGCUUGAGGAACUGCAGCAUUACAGAUAAAAGUUGUACUGAUCUGAAAUCAGCUCUUGAUGUAAAUCCAUCACACCUGAAAGAUCUGGAUCUGAGUAACAAUCAACUAGGAGAUUCAGGAGUGAUUCAGAUCUCUCAUCUACUGAAGAAUCCACAGUUCAAACUCCACAAACUCACAUUAUCAGAUUGUGGUGUAAGAGAGGAAGGUUAUGCUGCUCUGGCUGAAGCUCUGAGAUCAAACCCAUCAUCAGAGCUGAUGGAGCUGGAUCUCAGAGGGAACAAUCCUGGAGAUUCAGGAGUAAAACUGCUUGAUGAUUUACUACAGAAUAAAAAAUCUAAACUGACCACUCUGAGGUUGUUGGGUGCUGCUGCAGAAGAAGCUUUCAAUGAUCUGAAGAAGGUUGUGAGUAUAAACCUGUUAGUAGAGAGGAAGUUUGAUCUGAGUCAGAAGAUACAUGAAGAUUCAGGAGUGAAGAAGCUCUCAGAUCUACUGAAGGAUCCACACUGCAGACCCACCACACUCAGACUCAGUCAGUGUAAUCUGACAGAUGAAGGAUGUUCAGCUCUGUUCCAAGUUCUAUCAUCAGAUUCCUCCACUGUGAGAGAACUCGACCUGAGUAACAAUCAGAUUCAGGAUUCAGGAGUCAGACUCAUUUCUGAUCUACUCAACAAUCCAAACUGUAAACUACACACUGUGGGGUUAUCAGAUUGUGGUGUAAGAGAGGAAGGUUAUGCUGCUCUGGCUGAAGCUCUGAGAUCAAACCUAUCAUCAGAGCUGAUGGAGCUGGAUCUCAGAGGGAAUGAUCCUGGAGAUUCAGGAGUAAAACCGCUGUAUGAGUUACUAGAAGAUCCGGACUGUAAACUGAAGACACUGAGGUUGUUGAGACCUGAUGCAGAACCUGGUUUUGAAUAUCUGAGGAACAUUGUGAAUAUAAACCCGUUACUACAGAGAGAGCUGGAUCUGAGAGAGAAGAUACAUGGAGAUCCAGGAGUGAAGAAGCUCUCAGAUCUACUGAAGGAUCCACACUGCAGAACAACUAAACUCAUGUUGUGUAACUGCAGUAUUACAGAUGAAGGUUGUGCUGAUCUGAAAUCAGCGUUUUCUUUAAAUCCAUCACACCCAAAACAUCUGGAUCUGAGUGAAAAUAGGAAACUAGGUAAUUCAGGAGUACAGAAGCUCUGUGAUCUGCUGAUUGAUCAAAAAUGCUUCCUGCAGAAACUGAUAUUAUCAGAUUGUGGUGUAAGAGAGGAAGGUUAUGCUGCUCUGGCUGAAGCUCUGAGAUCAAACCCAUCAUCAGAGCUGAUGGAGCUGGAUCUCAGAGGGAACCAUCCUGGAGAUUCAGGAGUAAAACCGCUCUAUGAGUUAAUAGAUCAUCCAAAAUCUAAACUGAAGACACUGAGGUUGUUGGGAGCUGAUGCAGAAGAAGCUUUCACUGAUCUGAAGAAGGUUGUGAGUAUAAACCUGUUAGUAGAGAGAGAGCUGGAUCUGAGUCAGAAGAUACAUGGAGAUUCAGGAGUGAAGAAGCUCUCAGAGAUACUGAAGGAUCCACACUGCAGACCCACCACACUCAGGAGUUGA